CCGGCGACUCUUAGCUGCCGUCAGUUCCGGUUCUCUGUCAGUCGAGAGCAAGCGAGCCAGAAGGAGGUGGUUCGCCUACCCGAGCGGAGCAAUGCCUAAGUCAAAGGAACUUGUUUCUUCAAGCUCUUCUGGCAGCGAUUCUGACAGUGAAGUUGACAAAAAGUUAAAGAGGAAAAAGCAAGUUGCUCCAGAAAAACCUGUAAAGAAGCAAAAGACUGGUGAAACUUCAAGAGCACUGUCGUCCUCCAAGCAGAGCAGCAGCAGCAGAGAUGAUAACAUGUUUCAGAUUGGGAAAAUGAGGUAUGUCAGUGUUCGGGACUUUAAAGGGAAAGUCUUAAUUGAUAUUAGAGAAUAUUGGAUGGAUCCAGAAGGUGAAAUGAAACCAGGAAGAAAAGGUAUUUCUUUAAAUCCUGAGCAGUGGAGCCAGCUGAAAGAACAGAUAUCUGACAUUGAUGAUGCAGUAAGAAAACUGUAAAAUCAGAGCCAUAUUAAAACUUGUACUGUCCUAGUUGUUUUAUCUGUCUUUCUACAUUGGCUUUUGUUUUCUAAAUGUUGUUUUCCAAGCUAUUGUAUAUUUGGAUUGCAGAACAGUUUGUAAGAUGAAUACUUUUUUUUUAAAUGUGCAUUAUUAAAAAUGUUCUGAGUGGAGCUAAUUGUCAGUUUUAUUAAGGAGGAUUGCUUUUGUGUCUACCACCUGGUGUGAAAUAAAAUCAAGUAAUACAAUCUUAACUGUUGUGGCCUUCUUUGAUCAAAAGAGUUGGUAUUAAGGCCAAAAAUUAACAGUUUAUAGACCUUUUAGUUUCAACUCAGCUUUUACUUUCAGAAGAAUGUACAUUGUGUUGAAUUGACUUUUGGUUUGUGAAAUUCAUAGUGGAUCUAUAUUCUUCUAACCAAAUGUCUGGACUUGUUUGGUUUUUUUUUUUUCCCCAACCCCAAUGAUACUUCUCUUUCCCCCUUUUCUUUUACUUCUAAUAACUUAUCUUGUCAUGUUCAGCUUUUAUUUUGCUUUUUGCUCUUUUUCUUGAAUAUAUUAUGCUAAUUUGGAAAGUCCGAAACUGUCAAAAUGUUAGUUAAUAAGGUACUUGUAAUUAAAAUAUGAGACUACAAUCACUAAUUCUACUGUAUUAAAUAUUAGAAGAUAUAGUUUGAUAAACAACAUGGCUUGUAUGAAAACUGAGCAAGUAAGUGUAUGUCAUUAACUGUAGUGUUCUGUGUAGUUACUGCUUAGUCUGCAGAAAUUAAUGACUUCGAUGUCUGAUUUGCUUUCACUUAUAUUCACCAUGGGAUGAUGUCUAUAAAAUCAGAUACUGUUAAAUUAGAUUAGGAUUUAAUAAAAAUUAUGAAAGCUUACUGGCCUAACAUUUUAUUUUAUAACAUUGAGUAUGGAUUAUAUAUAUAGCCAGAGAUAUCACUGAGCUUUAUUCUCAUGGUAGAUGUUGUGGUCAGUUUUUAGAGGAAAGAACAUAUAGAGCAUAUACUUGUGUUUUUUGGCCUUUGCUUCAGUAGACUUGGUUCUUUUGCAGUUAAUCUACUGAACGAUGGCAUUCUAGACUUAAUGUUACUAAGUUUUAGCACUCUGAAGUGGUUUUCAUUGAACCAUAAUGAUGAAGCAGACACAGAUUGAGGCACAGAUUUCAGGGGCUUUGCAGCAAUAAAUAGGGCAUGGCGUGCCUUAGGAAAAGAGUGUAGGGGAACUAUAACAAAUUAAAGAAAGUGGCAGUGAAGAAGGAAUUGUCUUCACACUAAAUGAUAUCACAUGAUAUUUUGAUCACAUUGUAAGACACAGUUCUAGAUAGAAUAGUGAAAAGAGAGGUUUAACGACGUAAAAAAAUUCUUGAUGACUUUAUUUUUGGUAGUUAAUCUCAGUGGUUACUGCCGUAUCAGAGAGUUGCGCUGUUAUACCAAGUUUGAUUGCUAUAUCUAAAACAUGUUGUGGUAGAAUUGUCAAGGGCUUGAUUUCAGAACCAUCUGCCAGGGCACAUAGUUACCAGUUUUUUUCUGGCAGCUGUUCUAAGUAUUUCUUUUACGUUUUUAAGAUUUUUGAAAGUUUUUUUUUUUUUUUUAGCAGUAACCCUAAUAUGUGCUUAAUUGGGAAAAUAAAUCCUCUUUUCUGUUAUUUUAGCCUUCAUUAAAUAAUAGGUACCAAAGUGUUCAGAAUAUGUAUUUUAGACAAAUCAUACUUGAUUGAAAACUUUCCCCUUAUUUGGGAACAUAAUAUAUGUCCCAGUUAACUGAAUUGGGUAGAUUUGUAAAGUAUUCCUUACUAUAUAUACAGAAAGGGUAGUUAGAACACAGAACUUUGAUUUUGGUAUAGAUGAAGAGGGAGUAAUGAGUAAAUUUCCUAGGUUUAUGUGAAAUUAGGAGGUGUACGCUUUCUGAAGCAAUCUAAUACAGAGAUGGUGCUGAAAUCUGUUACCAAGGCAUUCUCUAGUUGUUUAGCAUCAUGUCAUUAAAACUUUCACACAAGGAGUGUUUCUCUGGCAGAUUUUAAGGUUACUACUAAAUUCAUUUCAAUACAUUACUGAAAUGGAAUAUACAAAAAUUAAUGAUCUCUUAGAAAAGGGUAGAAAAGGAUGAGAACUGGGUUGAAAGAAGAGACAAAGUAACUUGUACUGGAAAGAAAAGAUAUAGGGUACUUCUGUUUUCUGUUUAAACUUUAUCUUCUUGGUAAGAUUUCUUGAGGAGACAGUGGUUUCUUACCUUGUAAUGCCAGGAUGAAUUUAAUUCUUGCCAGCCCUUGGGUGUGCUCAGUAGCAGGGCCUUUCUAAUGGACUCUUCCUCUUUGUCUUAUUAAAGUACAAGCAGCAUUUGACCAAUUUCCAAUGCUCUUGGCAUUUUAAAGGACAACCGCUAAAAAAAAAAACUUUAUAAUUUUAUUAUCUUUUGCUUCAUAAAAUGCUGAAGAAUUUCUUUUAAAGAAAACGCCUACCUCAUUAGCUGGUCAAGAUGCUGUGAUGGUCAACCUAUCCUACCUAAUGUGUUUAGGAAAAAAGAAUUAGCAAGAAAAGUAUGUACGUCCUGGCUUGGCUAUUGAGGGAAAAAAGAGAAAGAGUUGAGUAUUAAUUAUUUAAGUAUUCCUGAUGGGAGUAUGUUGGAAGAGUACUGUAAAAGUUUGAAUUUUUUAAAAAGCGCUAAUAUUUAGGUAUCUCUCCUGAAGUUCUUUGCAACUCACUUUUUAUGGAAAUUAACCCAGUGAAACACUCAAAAGUUUUUGCUUUUUUUUUUUUUAAGUGGUGUUUUUCCAGAUAAACUCUAGGGGUAAACAUUCACAUAGUAACAAAAAUGUAAUUCUGUAAUUGUGUAAUACCUGUCUGCUUUGUUUGGUACAUCUUCCAUGGAGAUGUCAAUGAAUAUAAUACUGCAUCUGUGAAUAUUUUAAAUGUUGAAAUAAAAAUAAGAAAUGUG